AUGGCGAGAAUGGAUGAACGGUUGGAUCAAGUGGUCAAUCGGAUGGCCGAUUUGAUCAAUCGUAGGAGGCAGAGACCCAAUGAUGGGUAUGGUUCUGAAAUUAGUAACCCAUUUGGUGAUGAUUCGACUUCCGAAGACGAACAGGAGGGGCAACCAAGGGGUGAACGUGGAGAUGGUAAUCAGCGUUGGGAAGCGGGGAUGCGUACUAGCGUUCCAGAAUUUGAUGGUGACACUUUGAAUCCGGAAAAUUUCAUUGAUUGGCUUGCUGUGGUUGAAGAGGUGUUCGAAUUCAAAGAGGUACCCGAAGACAAAAGGGUUCCUUUGAUUGCUACCAGGUUACGUGGUAGGGCAUCGGCUUGGUGGAAACAACUGAAACUGUCUCGUGAAAGGAUGGGAAAGUCAAAGGUCACAACCUGGAGGAAGAUGAAGAAGUGCAUGAGGGCCAACUUUAUUCCUCAUAAUUAUCAGCGUUUAAUGUACCAGCGGUUACAGAAUUUAAAGCAGGGAUCCAAAACGGUUGAAGAUUACACAACGGAAUUCUAUCAGUUGGUGGCUCGAAAUGAUAUUCAAGAGACUGAAGAUCAACUUGUCUCUCGUUACAUUGGUGGUCUAAGGCUUUCGAUUAUGGAGUCUGUGAAUUUGUUUGAUCCGUUGACUAUUUCUGAUGCACAUCAGCGUGCCCUGCUUUUUGAAAAGCAAACCCGACGUAGUGGUGGUUCAGCCUCAUCUGCCUUGACAGGAGGUAGUUCGGGUUCGGGCAAUGUGGCGUCUCGUUUUGUGCCCAAUCAAGCAAAACCGGGUGGUGGCGCUGUUGGGUCUAGUUCAGAAGGGGCCGGUACUAGUAGCAUGAAAUGUUUUAAUUGUGGAGAGAUGGGUCAUCGCCAGGCAGAGUGCAAGAAGGCUGGGAAGAGACACUUGUAUAACGAGCCUGAUGGAUGGGAAGAUGAUGAUGAGGUUGGUGAGACUUAUGAAGACGGCCCGGUUUAUGAUGAGGAGCCUGAGUAUGAAGAAGAGGAGGUGGCUGGAGAUGUGGGGUUGAGUCUGGUGGUUAGGCGUUCAUGCUAUACACCAAAGGCCAGUGAUGAUGAUUGGCUUAAGCAUAACAUCUUCCAUUCGACUUGUACUGUGUUGGGAAAGGUUUGUACCUUUGUUAUUGACUCAGGGAGUUGUGACAAUCUAGUUUCUGAGGAGGCUGUCAGAAAGCUAGGUUUGAAGACGGAGAACCACCGUAAACCUUAUAAGCUCCAGUGGCUCAAGAAGGGAGGCGAGGUACAAGUUAGUACGCGUACCCUUGUUUCUUUUUCUGUUGGUAAAACAUAUAAGGAUGAUGUGUGGUGUGAUGUGGUACCUAUGGGCGCUUGUCAUUUAUUGUUGGGGAGGCCUUGGGAAUAUGAUCGAUGUGUAGAGCAUAACGGGCGUUCUAAUACAUACAGUUUCAUGUUUGAUAAUGUGAAGAUAACUUUGUUGCCUAAUAAACCCAAGGAAGUAGCCGCCAAGCCCACCGGUACCUUGUUGACUCUUUCUCAGUUUGAGAAUGAAUUAGAGGUGGGAGAUGACGUUUUUGUGUUGAUUGGUAAGGAAGUGGUUGAUGGGGUCAACAUUCCUGAUGCUAUGGUUCCUUUGCUUGAAGAAUUCUCUGAUGUUUUCCCUAAUGAAUUGCCUGAUGGAUUGCCACCUUUGCGUGACAUCCAACAUCAUAUUGAUUUGGAGCCUGGGUCACAGUUACCCAAUAGACCACAUUACAGGAUGAGCCCUGGUGAGCAUGAAGAGUUGCGAAGGCAGGUUGAGGAAUUGAUUUCUAAGGGCCACGUUCGUGAAAGUAUGAGCCCUUGUGCUGUUCCGGCUUUAUUGACUCCAAAGAAAGAUGGCACUUGGCGUAUGUGUGUUGACAGUCGGGCAAUCAACAAGAUUACUGUGAGGUACAGGUUUCCUAUUCCUCGACUUGAUGAUUUACUUGAUCAGAUUAGUGGUGCUACUAUUUUUACAAAGUUAGACUUGAAGAGUGGGUAUUACCAGAUUCGUCUUAGACCGGGUGACGAGUGA